AUGGAUUUUUCAACUUCUGAGAGUGAAGAGGAGGCGGAGAUGAAGGAGUAUGAGGAUGAGGGCGAGGAGGAGGAGGGAGAGGAAGAGGAGGAGGAGGAGGAGGAGGAGAAAGCGAUGGUAGGUAGUGAAGAGGAGGGAUCCGAUUACCCCUCAGAUCUAGACCCCGACGAAUUGGUAGAGUCAAUCGAGGAAGACGACAUCGACCUAAGCGGGAGAGUGAUGCUAUUCCACCUUGCCUACCCAGACGGUUAUCCCUACUGCGUAGAAUCCCUCGCUUUUGAGUGGACCGAAGUAGCUGCCCACCUAACCGUGGAGAAAAUUCGGGAAUAUGAUUGCCACGCUUUCUGGAAAGAUACCACCUUGGUUGAGCUGGAUGAAUGGAUUGAAGAUUCAGACGAUACUGAAUAUUCAAACUUCAGUUGA